AUGCACUCGCGUCGACCCGAGACAUUGACGAUUGACAUAUCCAAGUAUAGGGGAGUCGAAGAGGACUCCCUCUUGAGAUGGUUCGUCGAAUUGGAUGACGCCAUAAGGGCGCGUCACAUCGACGACGGGGAUAUGCAAGUUGCAUUUGCCCAAUCAAAUCUGGCAGGACGUGCCAAGACUUGGGCACUGGGGCUCAAGUUGCACGACCCAUAUGCGUUUGGGUCGUUGGAAGUCUUCAAGUCGCGGCUCAGACAAACGUUUGAACCGCCUGGAGCUGAGUUCAAAGCUCGAACCGAACUCUUGAAGCUCAAGCAGGGUAAGCGUGAUGUGCACGCUUACGCGCAACGUAUACAUCUCACGAGUUGUAUAAGUUCCGACCCGGUUGAUGAACACACGUUGGUUUCGGUGUUCAUGCAGGGUCUUGCGGAUGGUCCCGUCAAGACUCACCUGUUCCGGCUUGAACUAGAUUCACUAGAACAAGCCAUUUCCAUUGCGGAUCAGGAAGACUUCAGUCUGAGACAGGCUCGCGCCAUCUCGACAUCAUAUCGUCAACCGAGACGAUAUGACAACGGAGGUCCAGAGCCGCUGGAACUCUGUUAUGUAGAGAGCGAGAAGGCUUGCUCUACAGAAUACAAGAAGUUGCAGAAAUGCAACAGAUGUCAGAAGACAGGACACUACGCUUACAAGUGUAGUGCCCCUCGUCCAGUGUCUCGCAACACUGGGCGUAGUGACCGUCCACCCAUGAAAAGGGGGCAGGGACGCGGGUCCGCUGUUGGUGCAAAGACGCAACAACGGGAUGAACCGUCAAAAAACAGUCAGGAUCAGUAG